CUGCAAGAAAAAGUUUUUCAGGAUGAGCGCAAUCAAGUGCUAACAACACGAAGCUGGCUGAAUGUAAACUGGUUCGACCCACGGCUCACGUGGAAUGCAUCUGAAUGGGAUGGAAUUAGCACACUAUAUAUCCCAUAUCAGCGAUUAUGGAAGCCGGAUAUCAUACUCGUCAACAGCGCGGUUCGGCAAUACUACGAAGCAAUCGUGAGUACGGACAUAAUGACAACUUCAAGCGGUAAUGUCACAUGGCUAUUCUCGGCAAUUUUUAAGUCGUCAUGUCAAAUCAAAGUGCGCUAUUAUCCGUUCGAUGAUCAGAUUUUGCCGUGUGUAUUAAUUUCAUCGAUGGCAGUUCUUGGUUUUUUUAUGCCACCACAAACUGGUGAAAAGAUUAACAUGUGCAUUACGACAAUUCUUAGCAUGGGUGUUUAUUUACAGUCAAUCAUGGAAUCAAUUCCGCCAACAUCAGAAGCUGUUCCUCUAAUUGGAAUGUACUAUGUUUCUUCGUUAUUCAUGUCAAUCAUGGAAUCAAUUCCGCCAACAUCAGAAGCUGUUCCUCUGAUUGGUGAGUUUCCAACUUUUUAA